AUGUACUUUUCUCGAGUUCUUAGGAAGGAGAAGGCAAUUAUCGUACCGAAGGAGUGGUGUAGUAAUUUGGGAGCUAAACAGGUGCUCACUUCAUCUCCGGUUGCACAGAAGUUAAUAGAAUGUUACAAACCGAACAUACAUCUUGAAAACGAAGCAGAAUCCAUUGCAAAGUCAUUGAAGCUCCUUCGUGACUCGUUUCAAAGGGAGAAUAUUCCACUCUGGAUGACAUAUGGCUCUUUGAUAGGUUCACAACGAUAUCAUCACAGAACUUCAUUCGAUUCUGACGAUGACAUGUCUGUGAGGCACGAUGACUGGCCACGAAUCGAAAAAAUUCUGACUAAACAUGCUUUCAAUUCCAGUACUCGAAUGCGGGGAUAUUUGACCUUAGACCUGCAGAUGCUAAUCUAA